CAGAUUGCGACCGCGCGCGCACAGAAGACGACGAAGAAGAAGACGACACCGACGACGACGACGAAGAAGAAGAAGAAGAGAACGCCCGCGGGGGUCACUCAGGCCAUCGGUUGUUGACACCAAGCAAGUAGGAAUAGAACGUCGUCAAACAAAUAUUUCAACACUCCGCUCGUUGAAGAGGGAGGGAGGGAGGCUGGCUGGCUGGCCGGCUGGCCGGCUGGCCGGCUGGCCGUGGUCUGACAUUCGACUCGGUGAUUUUUGCUCUACUCGUAAAGUUAACGUGCAUUUUCAAUACAGGCGGCAGUUCAAUGCUGACCUUAUUAGAAGGAUUUCAUCAUUUGUAGAGGACCUUGUUGUUUUUGGUUUGUUUACAGCCGGAAAGAUGUCGUUCCUACUUGAAGAGACGGAAGCCGUCGUCAACCCCCUCCGAAGUGCCGCACACGAUGCUCGGGUACGCGCGGACGUCUCCCGGGUGUCCAGGAAAGAGCUGGAGGACAACUUCCUGCAGCUGCACGACGACUCUCUACUCCUCAAACAGCACAUACACCAGCAAGAAGACAAGAUCAGGAAGCUGGGCACCAAGCUCCUGAGGCUGGUAAAGGAUCGCCGCCGCAUGGAGCGGCUGGCCGAGGGCGGACUUCCGCCGGCGUCCUCGCGGCGGGACUCUGAGAAGGAAGACCUGUUGGGAGAGUUCCAGGAGAAGCUGCGAGCGCUGGAGGCCGACAACGAGCGACUGAGGCAGCGUCUCUUCGUGGCCGAGCGGCGGCGCCGGCUGGCCUCGGCCGCGCGCUCGCCUCGCCAGCGCGUCUCCAGGAAGCCGGACGACGCCUCCUCUCCUUCGCCCACGCCGCCCAGACGCGCCAGGAGUUUGCCCGGAGACGAGAGACCGCCGACCGCUCAGCCCGCCGCGUCGGCGUACGCGCUGCUGGAGGAAGCGCGAGAAAAGAACCGAAACCUGGAGAACGCGGUGGAAUCGCAGCGGCGCCGUAUCGCUCAGCUGGAGGAGGAGAAAAAUGUCACGCUGCAGCAGCAAAAUAAAUCAGAACUCAGGUCACAGAUCAACAACAACGUGACCAUGAUCAAACUGCAGAAACAGUUGGCCGAACGAUGCGACGCCAUGUCGGAGCUGGAGGAACGCUUCCUACAACUGCAAGAGAGUCAGCAGACGCAGAAGGCGUGUUACGACGCGGCGGCGGCCAAAAUGGCCGAGCUGACGUCGCAGUUGAAGGACGAGCGCGCCAAGGGCGUGGAGCUCCGGACGCAGCUGCAAACGGAGCAGCUGGUUCGUGCCGAGAUGCGGCAGCUGCGGGAGCGCGUGGAGGAGGCGGAGCAGGAGAGAGAUCUUUUGAAGGAGCACAACGACAAACUGCUCAGCGGCAUGUUGGACGGGCGCCCGAGCGCGGAGGAGCGACACCUGGAACGGCAGGUGGCGCGGCUGGAGGCGGCGCUGCAGGCCGACCUGCGGGACAAGGAGACGAUCCUGGAGCAGGUCCGGGCGGAAAGAGACGCCGGCGAGAAGCUGAGAGAAGAAAAGCGGCAGCUUGAAGUCCAGCUGGUCGAGGAGAGGCGCCGGACAGAGCGGCUCCGACGGCGUGGCGACAGCCCGGCGGACGACGGCCGGACCCUCGCCCGAGCUACGCCUGAGGUGAGGCGCCGCGCUAGCGUCACGGUGCCUCAAGAGUUUCCGCCUCCCGCGGAUAGCGUCACGCCGGCCGCCGUCGGAGACAUUUACACGGAAACCGUCCAGGAGCUGGAGAAGGUCCGACGGCUGCUGGCCGCCGAGAGUCGCGUCAGCGCAAAUCUCAAGGCGGAGCUGGAGAGCAUUCACGAGAAGAUGGAGCGUGACAAAAAGUGGCGGGCGCGGCAGCCGGAAGCGCGGCCGCAGAUGUUGGCCGGCGACGACGCCUGGGAGCACGCGGAGGGAAGCGCCGGUCGCGCCGCCGAAUGGGAGCGCGCGGCGGGGGGCAUCGAUGGCGCCGCUGCCCGGGAGCGAGCUCCUAAAGGCGCCGGUCAUCCCGCUACACGGGAGGACGCGCCCGAAAGCUGCGUCCGCACCACCGCCCGGGAGUACGCGCCUCUAGGCGCCGGUCAUCCCGCCGCCCGCGAGCGCACGGCAGAAGACGCCGGUCGCAGCCCGAGCCCGCCGGCGGACAAAGGAGAGAACCUGGUGGAAUUUCAGAUCGUGGGCGCCGCCUUGUCACCGGCCGCCCUGGAGGUCCUGGGCGACCCGUCGCCCUCCACCUUCUGCACUUACGCUUUCUACCUGUACGAGCUGCACGCCACCCCGGUGGCGACGGGCGCCUCGCCGCGCUACGGUUUCACGUCUCGGUACGCGGUGAGCGCCAACCGCCGCUUCCUGAACUACCUCCGGCACGGCCGUCUGCGCGUGGAACUGCAUCAGGCGCUGGGACUGCGCGGGAAGACGUUGGCCAGCGCCGCGUUGGAGCUCCGGGGCCUCCUCCGGGACGGCGCGGCGGCCGGCGCGCUGCCUCUGCUCGGAAGCGGCGGGCGAGACGCCAACUUCGGACGAUUGGAUUAUUGGAUCAAAUUGCGUCAUCCCAUCGAGGAGUCGGACGGCGCCGUCGACAGAAGCGUGGCGGUAGAGCAGGCGCUGCGGGUCGAGGUGCGCGGCUGCGAGGGCUUGCGCUCGGAGCGCGCGUGGCCACCCAGCCCGUACGUGGUCUACAAAUUGCUGGACUUCCCCGACCAACCCACGUCCACGGCGCGCGACACUCGCCGGCCGCGCUUCGGCCACGUCAGGACCUUCGCGCUGUCGCCUUCCGGCGCCCAGGAGCGCCGCCUGGCUUCCGAAGCGCUGACCUUUUACGUCUUCGACUACAAGGAGCCGCGGACGGAUGCGUACUUGGGCAAAGCCGCCGUUCCCCUGGCUCCGCUUUUGAGCCGGGGGGAGCUCGCCGGCACCUUCGACCUACGCGACUCGUCCGGACGCCACGCGGGCCGCAUCGACGUGGCGCUGGAGUUCUCUCGGAACGGCGACUUCCCUCCGGAGGCGGAGCCGAGCUCUCCGACGCCCGACGAGACGCUCGGGAGCAGAGAACGGCGGGUCACCUUCCGUGGUGCCCCGUCCCCAGAUAGGCGGGUCGCCAAGAAAGUCACCUUCCCGGACGCCCCGCCCCCUGACCCGCAGAAACCGGCGGAAGAAGGCGAGGAAGACGAAGAGUCUUCCAUAUCAGAAGGUCAGUUGGUCCUAACGCGCCGGACCUCCGACCCCGCCGAAGAAGCCCGCAGCCUUCCUCUCGGCGGGGACGCGGCGCGCGGACGCCACUCUCCGUCCGACGACGAGGGCGACGACGUCGUUCGGCGCCGGGCGACCCAGGACUCGCGCCGGUUCCGCGUGGAGGUGGCCAGUCUCAGUCUGGACGCCGAGUCUCGCUUGUGCGCGGACGCGGACGUGGUCCGCCUUUUCGUGGAGUUCGCCUUCCUAGACAUGCCUACCGAGGAAACGCCGGUGUCUCUGCCCAAACCUCCCCCGGGGAAGAGCGUCAGCUUCAACUUCAGCAAAGUCGUUCCCGUGGACUCGAAACGGCGACUUCUGAGGGAGGUCCUGGGAGGACUGAAGCCCGACAUGGAGAGGAUUCGUUUCACGGUGGUGAGCGAGCCGCCCGAAGAGCAAGAGCAAGAGCGGGACUGCGAGGACGUGGGGGUGGCCUACCUCAAGAUCGGGGACCUGUUGAGUCAAGCGGAUGACGUGGCCAGCCUCCACCUCCCAGUCGUGGACGUGAUAGACGGCGUCUCUCCGCUCGGCGUUCUGGCGGUGUCCUUCGAGGGGGUGCGGACGCUGCGCCUCAUCAGGGACGAGGCGGACGCGGAGGCGCGGUCGGCCGGAGCUUGAAGCCGCUUCUAGUCGCCGCCGUUCGAAGGCGGGUAAAGACGGGAAAGCGCCGGCCGGCCCCCGAACGGCACUCGGUCGCUUUUGCCCAGAGAGGAAAGCGUUCUUUGCACGAGCGGGUGCGAUGCGUGCGGCCGGCCGUUUGUGAGAUGUGCAUGAGGGGGAGGGGAGGGGAGGGGAGGGGAAGGGAGGAGAGUGGAGGGCGGGCGGGCCGUCACUCGGGACUGUCACCUCCAGCUGCCGAGUGUGGGAGGAAGGCCGCGUCGAAGAUUGAGCGGCGGUUGGCCGGCUGAGGAGGACUCGCGGAAGAAGGUAAAAGCAAAUUUUCUCCAAAGACUUUCACUCGAUAGCGUCCACGUACGUGGAGCCCAUUUCCAAACGCUUGAAAUGGAGACGCUUGUGCUGUAAAUGAAAGGUUUGAGCGACAUCAAGUGCUUUUACUCAGAGCGGUGUGUCGUCCAAGAAAAGCUUUCAAGACAAUUGAUCGAUACGGGAUCAUUGUCCACUUACGUGUUAUUCUUUCCUUUCCCUCCUCCUAAAACGAAGCUGUGUUGCCCUUUUCAUGUUGCUCUUAUGGACCAAAUGCUUCUUAGUUACUGUCCAGAAAUACUCCAAAUGGUUUAGCGUCUGCUUUAAAACAAUUCCUCACGACUUACUGCUUUCUGUAUUUGACCCCAACCUCAAAUGUUGUACUUUGACAGUGAUUUCCAUUGACAAACAUGUGUUUUGAGGCAUUCACGAUUGUGUUGAUCGUAAUGAAAGUCAUUUGAAAGGAGCACUCCUAUGGGCAUGGCCCGAUUCCUCUCUGUCUCUUUCUGUCCCACCGUUGAUUUGUUUUCUGGGUUAUAAUAUCAAAUGAUGAAGAAAAGACCGGAGGUUUUCAUUCGGGCUACUUUUUAUCCAACCGGGCGGGCCGGUUUACGCCGCGACGGGGCCAGAAAGCGUUUGCCAUCCGGGAACCCCGCCCACAAAUUUUUUUUCAGGAAGUCUUCCUCUGGCCAACGUGCAAAAAAAAAAAGCGAUUGAGAAUAAAGACGGAUCGUGUCAAAAGAUUCAGAGAUUAAUUUGUCAUUGACACCAGCUCUCACAAGAUGACAGACUGGGACUCGGGGAUCAAAGAGGUGUGGGGUCAGCCCGUUAGUGCUCAGACCAUACAAGAAAGCCCGCAAACCGUUUGCUGAAGACAUGUCAACAAAGCACGCGGAUUACUGGAACUAUGUCCUAUGGUCUGACGAGACUGGCGGGCGGGCGAGCGGGCGGGCUUUCUCGUGUACCGUCUUCAGAAGAGGCUUCCUCCUAGGGUGACAGCCAUGCACGCCAGUUUGAUGUAUGGUCUGAGCACUAACAGGCUGACCCCCCACCUCUUUAAUCUCUGCAGCAAUGCUGACGGCGCUCCUGUAACGAGUCACAUGACAAUUUAGAGGAAAAAAUUCAAUUCAAUUCAAUUUUAUUUGUAUAGCCCUCAAUCACAACAGAAGUCUCAAAGGGCUUUACAGAGGCAAUAUGAUACACAAUUAGAAAUGAAGCAACAAAGAUGAAUAGAUACAGUUCAAGUCCUGGGUAUCCCCUAUCCUUAAGACCCUCCAUGCCGGCAAGGAAAAACUCCAAAAACUCCAGAGUCAAUUGGGAGAAAAAUGAGAAACCUUGGGGAGUACCACAGUCAGGAGAGAUCCACUCCCAGGACGGAUAGACAGGAACCCCAGAACGGCUAAUGAGAAUUAGCAAGCGAAAUUAUAGUCCGUAAAAAUACAGUGGAGUAAAGGAGCAAGAAGAGGUCCCUCUGGUCAGAUGAGACGGGGGUAGCAGCGAGGACAUCAAUCCAGCCAGGGGUCCGGACAGUCAGGAGGCUGCAAAGACGAGCAGUACUCAAUUUGAACAUUUAGCGAUGUAUGUUUUUUCAAAGGGGUGUAUUCACUUUUGUUGCCAGGGGUUUAGAUAUUAAUGGCUAUAUUUUGAGGGGAAAAUAAAUCUAUUAUAUAAGCUGCACACAGACUACUUUUCAUUGUGUCAUUUUGUCAGUGUUGUCCCAUGAAAAGAUAUACUCAAAUAUCAGCAGAAAUGUGAGGGGUGUACUCACUUUUGUGAUACACUGUAUGAGUCUCCGUGAGCAUCAACAAAUUCAGUGGUUCCCUGAUCAAAUUCCGAUGAAUUAUUUAACAAAACUUAAAAU